AUGAAGGCUGCUGUGCUCUUGUGUGUUGUGGGACUGACCCUCGCCCAAGAAGAUCCUCUCCAAAAAUUUAAGAACAGAUUCAGGUGGGACACUGGAGAUGGGACCGACUCAAUCACGGAGGAUUUGGCAAACUCGAAGGACAUACAGACAACAAAUGUGUGUCAGACGGACCCGGCGGCGUGCGGCUGCUGUCUCAUGCAUCAGCAGAUCGAUCGGAUGAAGAAAAGCUUUAACCAGAGCCUCGCCGAACUCCAGAACGAACUCAACAAAGCAGUCAACUCCCUUGAAGAGUUCAGAUCCACCCGCAGCGCCUUCUCUGUUUCCCUUUUCACCGACAACUCAAAAAAAUGUUACGGCCCGUUCCGAGACGACACCCUCAUCAUCUACAAACACAUCUUCCUCAACAUGGGCAAUAAUUACGACAUCUCCACCGGCAUCUUCACUGUCCCUCGCACUGGGGUCUACAGUUUGGCCCUCACGGUGUACAGUGACGCCGGAGCCCCUGGGAACACCCUGGCUGCUUGCGCCUCCCUGCGGGUCAACGGGCACCUUCUGACCGGACCCAGGGAGAUGUACAUGCAAGACCAGGAGGACAGCGCCACCGCCUCCAUCGUGGUCAAACUGAGGCAGGGUGAACAGGUGUCGGUCAAUCUCCCCAUAGGCUGCUUCCUUUGUGAUAACAGCAAUCACUACAACACGUUUAGCGGGUUCCUGCUCUACAUCACCGAGUAG